UUGGUAGGAAAGAUAAUCAAAAGAUUCCAAAGAAGUGGUGUGCUAUUGUGUUUGGAGGUUGAAGUCCAGCAUCACCUUUUGCCUUGUCAUCAUCCCCAAUGCGACCAUGGGAACUGGCAGUGAAUAGUGGCCCCCCUUUUGUCCCCUUUGACCAGCGACGGUUCCCAGGGGGAAGCUGUGGCAGUCCAGCACAUCUCAGGAGAAGCCUUCCUUCCCGGCACCACUGGGGCCGACGCGAGCGACCUCUGCAAACUCUCCUAGCCCAGGAUGAGAACUACUUGCAUCCGGCUUUUUUCCAGCAGCAACAGCCACAGCCACAAGUUCCCGUAGAUGAGCACCCGGCGUACGUUCUGGCCAAUACGCCACCACGAAUGCUUCACCCAGCUGCACACCCACCCCACCAGCAUCCAUUCAUGGUGGAUCUCCAUGAGCAGGUGCAUCAGGGAGCUGUCCCUCUCUCCUACACGGUGACCACUGUAACAACACAAGGCUUCCCCAUUCACACAGGCCAGCACAUUCCUGGUUGCAGUGCACAGCAGCUCCCAGCAUGCUCAGUGAUGUUCAGUGGACAGCAUUACCCUCUCUGCUGCCUCCCACCCCCCCUGAUCCAAGCCUGUGCCAUGCAGCAGCUCCCUGUCUCCUACCAAACAUUCCCACCACUCAUUUCCAGCGAUCAUUACAUCCUGCACCCUCCGCCACCUGUGCCACCACAUCAGCCUCCACAUAUGGCUCCUCUCAGUCAGUUUGUCCCACUCCAACCCCAGCAUCCUCGCAUGCCACUACAAAGGAUAGAAAAUGAGGUGGAGCUUCGGGGUGAACAGCACCCCAUUGGAGGCUUCUCAUAUUCUCCUUCUCACCAUACUCCUGCACUGUCGCCUUCUGUGCCACUGCAUUACCUUCCGCACACCCAUGACCCAUUGCACCAGGAACUGCCCUUUGGCGUGCCAUAUCCACACAUGAUGCCCCGACGACUGAACACGCAGCGAUACAGAUUGCAGCAGCCACUGCCACCCCCACCACCUCCACCACCUCCGUACUACCCGAGCUUCCUGCCAUACUUCCUUUCAAUGCUUCCUGUAUCACCAACAGCUGUGGGGCCCACAAUAAGUUUGGACUUGGAUGUAGAUGAUGUAGAAAUGGAAAACUACGAGGCAUUACUGAAUCUGGCUGAAAGAUUAGGUGAGGCCAAGCCACGGGGACUCACCAAAGCAGAUAUAGAGCACCUUCCAUCCUACCGCUUCAACCCAGAGAGCCAUCAGUCGGAGCAAACCUUGUGUGUUGUGUGCUUCAGUGACUUUGAAGUAAGGCAGCUGCUGCGAGUUCUGCCCUGCAACCAUGAGUUCCACGCUAAGUGCAUCGACAAGUGGUUAAAGGCCAAUCGCACAUGCCCAAUAUGCCGGGCAGAUGCCUCAGAAGUGCACCGGGAGGCCGAGUGAGGCUCCUCAACACACUGCUGCACAAAUUUCACUCCAGGAUACGGACCUUGGACCAGGGGCUUGGGCCGGCCUGUAUGCUUAACCUCUGGGGCCUCUCCUGGGAUGUGGUGAGAAAAUAAGCAAUGUUAUGACACCCCCCUCCCCCUCACCCCAUGGCAUGGACUGAGCCUACUGGUAGAGCCGGCUCCGCAGUGUCAUGCUUUGAAGGUGGAGGUGUCCCUGUGUGCUCUGCACUCCAAAGACUCUAUCCUUGCGCCAUUUACUCUCCAGGUGUUUGCAUUCCUUCUCCCCCAAUUUUUUUUUUUUGAAUUUAUAGUUUUCCUUUUCUGUUUUUAGUUUUGAUUGUGUGACUGUUUGAUCCAGUUUCUAGUCUGAACUCAUUCCUUUUAGGCAGCAUCAGAUUGGGGGAGCGGGCUCAAAAGUCAAUCAGCCCAAAGUGGAGACAGGAUGAUGAAAUCCCUGCUUCCACCCCACCCCACCCACUCACCCAGAGCACAGUGUGGCAUGGCAGGUAAGCGGUGGCAGCAGCAAAGUAAAUUGGCUGGCUGUGGUGCUGAUGUGAGGCACCCCAAGGCCUUGCCAACGACAUGGGUGGCUCUCCCUGUGCAAAUUGUUGCCCAGUGCCGGCUUCUGGUUUUUCCUACAAGCAUCUCUUUCCCAGGCUCUAGUGUAACCCCUCUUGAUUCUCAGCCUUCCUGCUACCUGCCUGAAAUGUCUGGAGGGGGUUCAGGAGUGCUCUCAUAACUAGUAGGGAGUGGAGUUUUUUUGUUUUUUUAAAGGCCUAAACAAGGCCCAGCAAUGUCCUAUACCUACCUCCUUGUCAUUCAUUUCAAGUAGUUUGGGAAAGUGGGGGCAGGAGAAAGACCCAUUUUCCCUCAAAAGAGAGGCAGGAGGGAGUGUUUUGGUGAGAAGCUUUGUGACAAUGCAGCUGACUCCAUUUGUCAUCGACAUAAUCAGAUAGGAGUGUUGUCUUUUCAGGACCUAUAUCCUGGGGCUCCAAAUCAUGUUAAGAGCAAUGUAUUUUCCUCUUCCCAGGUAGACACAUAUGCAUACACAAAAACCCCAUUACAGUUGGGCCCCCCCACCCUAAUCUCUACUCCUUUCCCAGGCACUAACCUCUGUGAAACUUCAAUCAAGUUUGUGCCACUGAUUUUAAAAUAUUCCUGGGAGAUUGUCUUCUGUGUGCCCUUCCCCUCCACUCCCUGCUUUCCUCCUGCAGGGAAGGGGGAAGAUGCUUAACAGACUGAAGCAGAAGCCCUCAGCCCUCCCAUCUAAAUCCCACCCCCACUGCUCUGUACUGGCCCAGGCUAAGCCCCUGAAAGCUGUGAGGCUCUCGGCAGCAGGAAUGCUGGGCAAAGAGCAUAUGGGGAAUUAUUUAUUAAUCUUCUUGUUGUCUACCCUUGUGCUUACUAUGAUGGAAGAAGCCCAUCUGGUGAUCCCUCCUCUUUCUCCCCUCCCAACUGCUGUAUGCAAUUCCGCAUCAGCUUUCCAUAGGACCCGGCAGGUAUUUCCAUUCUCUUCUAGGCUGCAUUUUCUUUUUCUUUCUCUCCCACUCCCCAUCAAGUUUGGCCUACUGCUGCCACCGCCCUGAUGACUUUUUCCGCAUGGCCUGAUGCUUGUGCUCUGGGUCAGGUACCUUGGGUGUUUUUUGCCAUAACAAAGCAUACACUUGAGUUGUGUGCCUUCCUGUAUCUGCACACCUACACUAUCCUACCUAAAAACACCUGCUGAUUUGAAGCAAGAAAGCAACCAACCUGCCACCCUGUUACCAGAAAUCUGUAAUUGUUACAAUUUAAAAAAAAAGUUGUUUUGCAUGAUUAUAUUGUGGAGCAAGAGA